AAAAAUAUAAAUUUGAUAUAUAUAUAACUUUUUUUGAGAGUGUAUUACUUUUGCAAUGGAACACAAUUUUCUAAUCUAUUUCUCUUCCUUCGUCACUCACGAACAACCCCACCCUCCCUUCGACGUGCAGUUCACCUCCACCGAACAACCCGCACCGCAUCCUCUGUUGUCUGUCCGCCAUCCUGCACGUUGCCAUUAGCCACGUUGCAUCAGAUAUGGAUAGCAGUGCCUGGUGUCUGCGUCUAACCGAGUUACGCCGCCGCGUUUCUUCUCCGCUGCUCAGUUUCGGCCACCCAGAAUUGAGCCCCAACGUCGAAUCCCUCUCUCAUGUUACAAUUUUUCAUUGGUGAAGCUUGAUCUAUGUCGUUGAAGCUAUUAUUGAUUUGAAUUUUGGAAGAGUUUGAGCUGCUAUCCAGCCGGCUGGAAGCUCGAAAUUGGCAUUUUGGCGCAAAUGGGGCAAGAUUCUUAGCUUUAUUGAGUGGGUCUUGAGCACCCAUUGGAUUUCGGUGUUAAUAUGAAUCGCCCAUGGUUUCAGAUACUAGAUUCGAGUAUAGAAAGCCGUUUGUGUGCUGUCAAGGCGAUUUUGACACGCUUUCAAUAAGGUUUUGGGUAAAUUUAGUGAUUUUUCUAAGAGUUCUUGAAUACCCAUUUGGUUUUGACAUUAAAUUCAUCUUACCCAUAAUGUUUUGGAUGAAAGGUUGAAGUUGGAGGGAUUUUGAAGAAAUUUCCAGUAGAAUUUGAGAUCGGUUAGGUGUUGUUCGAUAAGUUUCGAUGCUUUUCUUGUUAAUUUUAGAAUACCCAUUUAGUAUGAUGUGAUAUGAAAUUACCCAUAACCCUUGGAUGUUGGGAUUGGGAGAUUGAGGUUAUUAAGUCGCUAUCCGAUAAUUUUAAGAUCGCUUUGGCACGUUUUGGACACACUGAUACAAAUUGCUUAUUGACCCAUCAAUUAAGUUUGGGGUUUUGUUUCGCAAUGGGAUUUUUACGCACACAAGUAGUUUUGAUGCUUAGACUCCGGCUGAGCCAAUUUCACAUACGCUUUGCUUUCUCUUCCACAUUCACCUCACUUCCAGAUCCUCACUACCCUAACAAUUGUCUUCACUCUUUUUUUUCAAAACCAAAUUUAACGUUCCAAUCUCUUCUUCAAUUCCAUUCCCUCAUUAUCACCACUGGAAAUUCCGACAAUGUCUUCUUUGCCACAAAGCUCAUGGCCUUUUAUGCCUCUCAUAGGCAACCUGCGUUCUCCACACACUUGUUUCGAUUGAUUCAUUCUAAGGAUAUAUUUCUUUGGAAUUCCAUUAUCCAAUCCCACUUCUCCAAUGGUGAUUACCAACGGGCAUUUGAUUUCUACCUUCAGAUGCGAGCCUCGAGUAGCCUGCCAAACCAAUUUACAGUUCCCAUGGUAGUUUCCACUUGUGCAGAAUUGAUGAUGUUCAACCAUGGCAUGAACAUUCAUGGGUUGACUUCAAAGCUUGGGCUUUUUGUUAGUAAUUCUGCUAUUGGUUCUUCUUUCAUAUAUAUGUAUUCCAAAUGUGGUCAUGUAGAAAGUGCUUCUCUCAUGUUCAGUGAAAUUACUGUUAAAGAUGUGGUUGCUUGGACUGCCCUUAUAGUUGGGUACGUUCAAAAUAAUGAGAGUGGGAGAGGUUUGAAAUGUUUGUUUGAGAUGCAUAGGAUUGGAGGGACUCCAAAUUACAAAACAAUAGGAAGUGGGUUUCAAGCUUGUGUUGAUUUAGAUGCUUUAGUAGAGGGCAAAUGCUUACAUGGUUUGGCUUUGAAAAAUGGAUUUCUCUGUUUUGAAGUUGUUAAAUCUACUAUUCUCUCCAUGUACUCAAGGUGUGGGUCACCUGAAGAAGCUUAUCGUUGCUUUUGUAAAUUAGACCAAAAAGAUCUCAUCUCUUGGACAUCAAUUAUUGCAGUUCACUCUAAAUUUGGGUUAAUGAGCGAAUGUCUACAUUUGUUUUGGGAGAUGCAGGACAGUGAAAUAAUCCCAGAUGAAAUUGUGAUCAGUUGCAUGCUUAUGGGGUUUGGUAAUUCUGGUAGAAUUUUUGAAGGAAAAGCGUUCCAUGCUUGGAUUCUGAAACAGUGUUGUGCAAUGAAUGGAAUAACCCAUAAUGCAUUACUCUCCAUGUAUUGUAAGUUUGGACACUUAGGUACGGCAAAUAAGAUCUUCCACAGUUUCCAUAAAAGCAGUGAAGAUUGGAGCACAAUGAUAUUAGGAUAUAGCAAUAUGGGGCAGAAAGAAAAUUGUAUUUCCUUUUUAAGGGAGAUGCUCCUCUUAGGCAGAGAACCUGAUUUAAAUAGUUUAGUUUCAGUCAUUUCUUCAUGUUCACAAGUUGGAGCUAUCAAUAUUGGUCGGUCCAUUCACUGCUAUGCGAUUAAAAACUCAAUAAUCGAAAAUGUAUCAAUAGCUAACUCACUCAUGGACAUGUACGGAAAAAGUGGUCACCUAACUGCUACAUGGAGAAUAUUUCAUAGAACUCAACAAAGGGACGUUAUCUCAUGGAAUACGUUGAUUUCGUCCUACAAGCAAAGUGGGAAUCUUGCUGAAGCAAUUAUUUUAUUCGAUAAAAUGGUUAAAGAAAAGGUUUACCCAAACAAAGUUACUUGUGUAAUAGUUCUUUCAGUAUGUGCUCAUCUUGCAUCCUUAGAUAAAGGUGAAAAGAUCCACCAGUAUAUAAAGGAAAACGGAUUUGAGAGCAAUAUCACUAUUCGUACUGCAUUGAUUGAUAUGUAUGCAAAAUGUGGGGAGCUCGAGACAUCAAGAAAGUUGUUCAACUCAACGGAAGAGAGAGAUGCUAUUUUGUGGAAUGUCAUGAUAUCAAAUUAUGGGAUGCAUGGACAUGUAGAAUCUGCAAUGGAGAUCUUCCAACUAAUGGAAGAGUCAAAUAUUAAACCGAAUGCACAAACCUUUCUUUCUCUUCUCUCAGCUUGUAAUCAUACAGGGCAUGUGCUAGAGGGAAGGGAUCUAUUUGAUAGAAUGACGAAAUAUGGUAUUGAACCUAGUCUGAAGCACUAUGCUUCAGUCAUAGAUCUUCUUGGCAGGUCGGGUAGUCUUGAAGCAGCCGAAGCUUUGGUUUUAUCAAUGCCCAUCACACCUGAUGGCACUGUUUGGGGCUCCUUGUUAAGUGCAUGUAAAAUUCACAAUGAAUUUGAAAUGGGAGUAAGACUUGCCAGAUAUGCAAUUGAGUCUGAUCCAAAAAACGAUGGGUAUUAUAUAAUAUUGUCUGACUUGUAUAGUUGCUUGGGAAGGUGGGAUGAGGUGGAAAAAAUGCGUGGUAUGAUGAAGGAAAGAGGGGUGGAGAAGAGAACUGGCUGGAGUGCCCUGUGAAUGAAGUAAUUGCUUUCGGUAUUGCUUGAAAACAUUUCAUACCUUUAAUUUUACAACUUCAUAGAAAUCUCAAGAAGUAUUUCGAGGGUUAGAUUUGACAAUCAAAAUGACGAAAAGUUGGAUCCACACUCAUUUGGAACUUUUUGCUUCAGAUAAUGUUUCCUCAUGCAUUGAAAAUUUGUUGGCUUUUAGAACUUAACAAGGAAUGGAAGAGUUGAACAAGGAAUUAACCAAAAAGUAAAUCCCCUUUUCAUGUAGCUGUAACAUCGUGUGGAACUCAGUUCAAGCAUUCACAAUAACCCAUAUAGCUAUUAGAAGUGGAAAGAGAUAUGAUGCAGAUUCCUAUGUGGACUGAAUCAAUCUGUAACUCAGACGGAUAAGAAAAGGGCCAUGAAGCUUGUCUGUGAUAUCCCAAAACAAAACUGGCGUAUUUGGAAUUGUUUUGGCUUAUUUGUGGGUUUUUGCAUAUCAUUGAAAUGAAGAUUCAGGAGAUGAGAAAGGGGUUGGCUUUGUAGGCCAAUAGAAGGAUGUUGAUUGGAGGAAUCUUUAGCAUUUAGUAUUAGUUGAUUUAAGCUGUGGAUGGAUAAGAUAAUUGUGAGCUUUUUAAUUCAAUCCAAUUCAAUGCAAUUCAAUUUAAUUUUUGAGUAAAAGAUAAUUGUAAGCUUUUCAUUGGAAAAUAUAACUUUUUAUUAGUUUUUUGUGAACAAGUUUUCUUUAGAAUACAUCUACUUUAUAUUCCUUUCUUUAGAA